ACAAUCUAUAGACAACAAAGUUCAGAGAUCUGAAGGCUACACUAUUCUGAUUCGCUAAAUGUCAUUUAUCAAUGAUGGACUUCGUAGUUUUUUUCACUUUGUUAGCAGGUGUCGACUGCUGGUGGUCUUUGAGCUUCAUCAUACCGCAGCCCCUCUCUGAAAGCGGCAGAAACUGCUCUAUUCUCAAAAAAAACUUCUGUCUCCGCGGCUACUUUACCGACAGCCCAAUCGCAACUGAGCCUUUUCUGCAAACUUACUACUCCCCUUCUCCCAAAUUGAAUUUAUUUCGAGCACAAGAAGAGUUCAUGAGUCUGAUUUACCCAAUAUUUCAAACAAUCAACUUCUUCUCAUUCAGCACAAAGCGGUUCGGCCACUGCUGUGAUUACCAGAGAUCAAUUUACACAAUUUAUGGCUACGGCAACGGACACUCGCCCAUCAAUUACAUCAAAAAAUUGACUGAUUUUUCGACCAAGAAUAGAAAACACCUGACCUUUAUAAGGGCCAAUUUUGAGCCAUCCAUCUGUCUGAACGUCAUCCUUGAAAUCGGAUUUGGUUCGGGCAGCCUGAAGAUUGACGGCAAGGUAUCAAAAGACAUUCAAUUCGUGUUCCCUAUCCAGUAUGAGAGAGAGACUGUAAUAUACAGCAACUCUCAAUUGACGAGUGGAUCUCUUAAUUUCAGAAUGUGGAAAAGACAGUUUGUAUGUCCCGAUAAUCCAUGGCUAUGUCUCGAGCAAAGUGAACGCCCCAGCGAGCAAAUUGCUGGACUUCUUAAUGAGCAGAAACUUAUUUAG